AUGAAGAUUUUUGCCACCUUAGCUGCCAUCGCUCGGGCAAUCGACGAUAACACCGCCACGAACUUGAUUCAAUCGGAGCUCAGCAGAUGCCAGUCGUACGGAACCUACCACGAAACCUGCGUGGAGAAUAUCCGAAGUGCUUUUGCCCAGCGAUACAACGUAAAUGUCACGUGUGCUUACACAUCUGACUGGAUGAAUGUCGGCGGCGUGACCUGGUGGUUCGGCAAUGUUCAGAACUACGGAGCGGUCAUGUGCGGCGAGUUGACUUACACUGAUGUCAACCAGAAUAUUUUGGAUAGCUACAGCCGAGACGCUUCUUACGACUGCUGGGGCUUCUACGGGCAGCAGUACAACAACUGCGUCGCCAGCUACCUCAGUAACAACGCGGCCGACUACUUCUGCGCUGGAGCUCGAUCCUACAAUAUCCUCGUCUCUGACCCUGCUUAUCAGUACUGGGGCGGCUGGGGAGCAGCUUAUUCCAACGCUGGCGAAGCUUACGUCAUUGCUUACUGCAUCUACCGAUAG